GCCGCCGACAAGCCAAGGAUUUUUGUUGUUUGGCGCCUUUUGAGGCCGGGUGGUUAAUCAUUCUCAUAAAUAUUUCUCUUUCAUACUCUACAGCAAAAAACUAUAGUUUUAAUUGAAAUGGGUGAUAAAGGUGAUGGAGAAACCUUCGAUGAUGCAGUCGAAGAAAGAGUUAUCAACGAAGAGUAUAAAAUAUGGAAGAAGAACACUCCUUUCUUGUAUGAUUUGGUGAUGACCCAUGCUUUGGAAUGGCCCUCGUUAACAGCUCAGUGGUUACCAGACGUAACGAGGCCUGAAGGGAAGGACUAUUCUGUUCAUAGGCUUAUUCUAGGUACACAUACAUCAGAUGAACAAAAUCAUUUACUGAUUGCUAGUGUUCAACUACCUAAUGAAGACGCACAGUUUGAUGCCAGUCACUAUGACAAUGAUAAGGGUGAAUUUGGAGGAUUUGGUUCAGUGUCUGGUAAAAUUGACAUUGAAAUUAAGAUCAACCAUGAAGGAGAAGUCAACAGGGCAAGGUAUAUGCCCCAAAAUCCAUGUGUGAUAGCAACAAAAACUCCAUCUUCAGAUGUUUUAGUAUUUGAUUAUACCAAACACCCUUCGAAGCCAGAGCCAUCUGGGGAGUGUCAUCCUGACCUUAGGCUUCGUGGUCAUCAAAAAGAAGGCUAUGGUUUAUCAUGGAAUCCAAAUUUAAAUGGGUAUCUUCUGUCAGCCAGUGAUGACCACACAAUCUGUUUAUGGGACAUCAAUGCUACUCCAAAAGAGGGUAGAGUAAUUGAAGCCAAAUCAGUGUUCACGGGGCACACGGCCGUAGUGGAGGAUGUGGCGUGGCACCUUUUGCACGAGUCUCUCUUUGGUUCCGUCGCUGAUGAUCAAAAGCUGAUGAUUUGGGACACAAGAUGUAACAAUACGUCGAAACCAUCGCACACAGUAGACGCACACACAGCUGAAGUGAAUUGCCUCAGUUUUAAUCCUUACUCAGAGUUCAUUCUCGCCACUGGAAGUGCUGACAAAACUGUAGCCCUAUGGGAUUUGCGGAAUCUAAAAUUAAAACUGCAUUCCUUUGAGUCACACAAAGAUGAAAUCUUCCAAGUGCAGUGGUCACCACAUAAUGAAACAAUCCUGGCCAGCAGCGGAACAGACAGAAGGUUACACGUAUGGGAUCUGUCCAAGAUCGGCGAGGAACAAACGGCCGAGGACGCGGAAGAUGGCCCUCCCGAACUGUUGUUCAUCCACGGAGGACACACCGCCAAGAUAUCAGAUUUCUCCUGGAACCCCAACGAGCCCUGGGUUAUCUGCUCCGUGUCUGAGGACAAUAUCAUGCAGGUGUGGCAAAUGGCCGAAAACAUCUACAACGACGAGGAACCGGAGACGCCGGCAUCGGAACUAGAGUCAGGCGUUAACGUGAACCACGGCUAAAAGCCUACCGACCCCCCCCCCCCCCUUCCCCCUCC